UAGCUGCGUUCCCGGGAACCAGGCUGCGUCUACCUCGGCUUCCGACUACGUUGGCGACAGGUUUUCUCCCGGGGAGCGGGAGCUGCUCCUUAUCCUCGUCCCUCCUGCCGUACCCCCGGCCUCCCGGAGCCAUCUUCCCGGCUCCCGAGGGACCCCGGGGGAAACGCGGGAUCGUGGCCCUUUAAACGGGACCUCCCGCGGCCGGCGUCCUAAAACUGACGUGGAACCUGGAGUAAGCGGCGUCAGACACGUGGGAAAAGGAGGUGUUCAUCUUGGAACCGGGCAGGGAGUUUUUUCCGCUUUGGGCUAUACACUUUUAACACGGUGUUAGCAAAGUGUCCGUUUUGGUUGGUCUGUCUUUAAUUGUUUUCCCAACACCCUCGUGGUGAGGACGCUCGAGGGAAGGACGCGGUUUAAAGUAACACUUACAUCCCUCGCUCUGCCUGCCCGUACUAAAAAUGGCCGCCGCCGGCUUCAAAACGCCGGUGGCUCUGCGAACAAAAUCCGGGAGGAAACAGUGAGGAGGCAAGUGCGGCGGGGGACAGCCGAGGGUGCGCGCUGGAGGCUCGCGGGAGUCCUGGGGGCGCCUCAAUUCAGAGUUGGGUUUUGCUCAGGCCGCUGUGGGAGGAUCCAGCCUGUGCCGAGCGGCUGCUCCUCCCCGCGGGGGGCUCCGGGCUACCGCCCAGCUCGCCCAUUAGCCGAGGCGGCGGCAGAGCGGGGCCCCUGGCUGGUCAUCAUGUGGGCCUUCCCGGAGUUGCCGAUGCCGCUGCUGGUGAAUUUGGUCGGCUCGCUGCUGGGAUUUGUGGCCACGGUCACCCUCAUCCCCGCCUUCCGUGGCCACUUCAUCGCCGCGCACCUCUGUGGCCAGGACCUCAACAAAACCGGCCGGCAGCAGAUCCCAGAGUCCCAGGGAGUGAUCAGCGGUGCUGUUUUCCUUAUCAUCCUCUUCUGCUUCAUCCCUUUCCCCUUCCUGAACUGUUUUAUGGAGGAGCAGUGUAAAGCCUUCCCCCAUCACGAAUUCGUGGCCCUGAUAGGUGCGCUCCUUGCCAUCUGCUGCAUGAUUUUCCUGGGCUUUGCGGACGAUGUACUGAAUCUGCGCUGGCGCCACAAGCUGCUGCUGCCUACAGCUGCCUCGCUACCUCUUCUUAUGGUCUAUUUCACCAACUUUGGCAACACGACCAUUGUGGUGCCCAAGCCUUUCCGGCCGAUUCUUGGCCUGCAUCUGGACUUGGGGAUCCUGUAUUAUGUUUACAUGGGGCUGCUGGCAGUGUUCUGUACCAAUGCCAUCAAUAUCCUAGCAGGAAUUAAUGGCCUAGAGGCAGGCCAGUCGCUAGUUAUUUCUGCUUCCAUCAUCGUCUUCAAUCUGGUGGAGCUGGAAGGUGAUUAUCGGGAUGAUCACGUCUUUUCCCUCUACUUUAUGAUACCCUUUUUUUUCACCACCUUGGGAUUGCUCUACCAUAACUGGUACCCAUCACGGGUGUUUGUGGGAGAUACCUUCUGUUACUUUGCUGGCAUGACCUUUGCCGUGGUGGGCAUCUUGGGACACUUCAGCAAGACCAUGCUACUCUUCUUCAUGCCCCAGGUGUUCAACUUCCUCUACUCACUGCCUCAGCUCCUGCAUAUCAUACCCUGCCCUCGCCACCGCAUUCCCAGACUCAAUACCAAGACAGGCAAACUGGAGAUGAGCUAUUCCAAGUUCAAGACCAAGAGCCUCUCUUUCUUGGGCAACUUUAUUCUAAAGGUAGCAGCGAGCCUGCAGCUAGUGACAGUGCACCAGAGUGAGAAUGAGGAUGGUGCCUUCACGGAGUGUAACAACAUGACGCUCCUCAACUUGCUCCUUAAGGUUCUCGGGCCCAUGCAUGAGAGAAACCUGACUCUGCUCCUGCUGCUGCUCCAGAUCCUUGGCAGUGCUGUCACCUUCUCCAUCCGGUACCAGCUUGUCCGGCUCUUCUACGAUGUCUGAGUCCCCCAAUCCUUGCCCUUCACUGCAUAGUCUGCAGGGUUCCUGACUCAGGCCUGCCUCUUUCUGGGCCAGGCAAGCUUCCGGGCCCAGGCCUCUCUCACCUCUUACUUUUCUCCAGAUUUUGUACUUAGCGAUUCCGUUCCGCUGUGAUCGACAUCCUGGGCCUGUCUUGCCCUGUACUGACUGUUGAUUGGACUUUGCCUGUGGCUUUCUUCAACUUGCUGCUCUCCCUCUCUAUCCCAUCCCUGCGGCCUCCCAAAGUGGGAUACUGUGCUUUUUAUGCAGUUAUCCACCACUCGGACUCUCGAGGAAUAUGUUGGGCCUGGGGAUAGAACCCUGGCUGGGGAGAGGGACACAGGCUCGAAGAUCACUUGAUUAUUUGACCAUAAAUUAAGUAUUCUGAUUCGUAAGAGCAGAUUGGGGGGCCAGGUGCUCCCAGUGGUGACAAUAAAGUGUUGUCUUUUU